AUGGAACGAAACGAGGAAGAUUUCAGUGUGGCAGAAGAUGUAGAAGAAAGUGUGAGGAGAAGUGCAAAGAGUGACACAGGCAGAGUAGAAACUUCUCGAAAACGAAAAAGAAAUCACCGAUCCCCGACGACAUCGGAAUCUGAACAUUCCGAUGAUUUGCGAAGAAGGAAGCAUGGAAGACGUACGCACAGAAAACGUCAGGCAAGAUUGGAGGAGGAAAAUCUGCGACUGCUUGCACUGCUUUCCAGACGAGAACGUGUUCCGAUGGAUCUCAUCAAAUUUGAUCCGAAAACGACUGACGCGACUGGUUGGGUGAAAAUGGUUGACGAGUGGAUUCGCCGUUAUAAUCCUGAUGAUUAUGAAAUUGUCCAGCAUUUGGCGAAAGCAUUUAAAGACGAAGCGGCACAGUGGUUCACUGGUAUGGAUCCCUCAGGAAAAAGCUGGAAAGGGAGAAAAUUGAAAGCGUGGCUCAACGAGAGAAAAACGGUGGACGAGACUGCAGCUCAACUUACGGGAUUAUCCUAUUCGGCGCAAAAUAGAUUUGUUCGCAACAUCUUUGUGCGAGAAUCUCCUAAAAGCCUACAAGAAGCGAUGGCGUACCUUGAUGGACGAACGACCGACUUCCAUCAACCGCGUGCAUCCUCCAGAGCUCCUGGUCCACAUACUAAGACUUUGGCGCCGCGAGAUGGUAAGUCGCACCGUUUUGACAUCGAGUGCUACAAUUGUGAAAGAAAAGGACAUCGGAAGGCCGAAUGUCGAUCAGCUCUGCAGACACAGCGUGGCAGUUACUCACGGGUCAUCAAGGAACUGGACGGUAGAGGUUUGGGUUCAAAGAAGCCGAUAACCUGCUACAACUGUAAGGAAGAGGGACACAUUGCCCCGAGUUGCCCUAAGAAGAACGAGAAGGUAGUGAGGCUUUGUCAUUCUACCUCCACUGAGAAUACUCUGAAGCUUGCUGACGGUAAGGUGUUGACGUUCAUCUUUGACUCUGGUUCGGACUGUUCUCUUGUAACAGAGAGUUUGGCGGAGAGGUUGCCUGGUAAAAGACAAGUCGUUUGUAUGCGUUUGAGGGGCUUAGGAAAUGGGUAUGUGGAUUGCCGUGAGAUGAUCUCAGUGUGUGCAGAGUUGAAUAGCAUCAAUGUUGAAAUUGAUUUAUAUGUAGUACCAGACGAAAGUUUGUCCACAAAAAUAAUUCUGGGUAAAGAAUUGUUAGCAAAUGGUAUCUCAGACACAUUAGAUGGAACCAUAGUUAAAUUUGCAAAAUUACACAAGUUUGUUGGUGCGUGUGUUGCAACUACUAAUUUUGAUACUGUAGAUUGCGAUGUGGAAGAGAUGAGAGAAUCACUUUUGAAAUUGUUAAGACUGCACGCGGAACAUAUGAGUGUUGAUACUCCUAGGAUUCGUGUAACAUCUGGCAGCUUUGAGAUUAGACUGAAAGAUGAAAAUAAAAUUGUACAGCGAAGACCUUAUAAGCUAGGAAUUUUAGAGCGUGAGAGUGUUAGACAUAUGGUAAAUAAAAUGCUUGAGGCAGGAAUCGUUCGAGAAAGCAGGAGUCCGUUUUCUAGUCCAAUUAUCUUAGUUAAGAAAAAGGAUGGAUCAGAUAGAUUGUGUGUGGAUUUUCGGGAGUUAAACGCCAAUACAGUAGCAGAUCGUUAUCCGCUACCGUUGAUUCAAGAUCAAUUAGAUCGACUGUGCGAACUGCACAGGAAGCUUUGGAUAGGUUGGCAGUCGUGA